UUGUAUGGAGACACUUGGGCAAAGAUAGCAAGGGCAUUUGAGAUCUUGUGUGGGUUUGGACUGUCAGUGAAUGGUGUGCGGACAUGUGGGGACUACAUGUUUAGUGGCCACAUGGUUUCCAUUACUCUCUUAAACUUCUUUAUCACAGAAUGUAAGUGAUGCUUUUUAUUGUAUUAAUCCAUGCAUGCAUGGUCAUUAAAGGUACAUUUUCGCCCAGAUAGGUUGAAACUAUAAUUAUUCUUAUUGCCUGAGGCUGUGCCAGCAAUACUAGUCUAGAUUGUCUUUGUAUUAAUAUAAGCAAGACAAAUGUCUCCGAAGCAUCUUCUUUGCACAUCCUAGAGAGAGUACUGGUCCUUAUUACAAGCUCUUAGCAGUUCUUGAAUUAUAGACAAUAUAUAUUUAUUAUAUAAGCUAGAAACAUGCUGCCUUACACAUGUACAUACAGCUGUAGUAUAAGGAAUGAAACUGAUAGCAUUCCAGGAUAUCUUGCUUGAUGCCCUGACUACAGCAUCCAGUAUGCACAAAAAUACAAGAUUUGCUAGUAAACUGAAUUUUUUUUAGACCAAGAGUAUCCUCCAAUUUAGGUUUAAAAUGUCUUUUAAUUUUCCUGGUUCAAAAAUAUGGGAAACUGUGCCACUUCUCUCAAAUGUCUACCAAAUGUAGGAAAGAAUGGAAUAUACCAUUUUUUAAUCAGUCAAACUUGAUCUUUAUUACCCUUAUUUUUUAUGUUUUCCCAUCACUUAUCAAUGUAAUUUUGUUGAGACAAACUGAAUUAUUUUGUUACAUAUGUAUCUGUUACAGGUUAAAGUUUUUUAACCUAGGUUGAAUUCUCUAUUUGCUUUUUCUCCUAGCCCUAUUAUUCGUGGAUUAGGACUAGGGAACAUUGGGAAUUGAGAAUCAACCUAGGAGUACAUGUACAUGAAGGUUAAUAAAAGAUUUGAACCUGAAUAUACUUUUGACCUGUACCAAAUAUGUUUCUGUACUUUCUCUUAUUUUGGAAUAUACGACAGUAGUAACUUGUUUUUACAUACAUUUUGGUUUUCAGACACGCCCUCCCAUAUGUACUACCUGCACACAUGUUGCUGGGUUCUAAACAUGUUUGGAAUAUUUUUUAUUUUGGCUGCUCAUGAACACUAUUCAAUUGAUGUGGUGAUCGCUUUCUACAUUUCCUCUCGUUUGUUUUUAUAUUAUCACACUCUGGCUAAUACACGUGCAUUAAAGUGCAUCGACAGUAAAAGAACAAGGGUCUGGUUUCCUCUGUUUUGGGUCUUUGAGGAAAAGGUAUCUGGCAAAGUUCCAAAUGAGUAUGAAUGGCCUCUGAAAUGGCCGAGCUUUUUUUGUUCAAAAUCAAAGUGCCAAUGA